ACACUUUACUUGAAUUCAAUAUUUUUGAGUCUAUAUUAACUUGAAUUUCGGAUUUUGUUAAAUUUACAACGUAUUUUUUUUAACACUUUCGCUUAUAAAUUUGGUGACUUCCUUAAAUUUAUACACUUUUUUAAUAACUAAUUUUCACGUACAAAAAUUUAAAACUGAACGUCAAAAUUUGUAAAAGUAUAACAGUUUCAAAAGCAUUCAAAAUGUUAGAAGUAAAAUAGUGCUGCCUACUUUAUUAAAAAACUGUUGUAGUUUUUUUUUGUGGAUUACCAGUGCUUCUCAACAAUCAGCUGUUUUAUAACAUUUGCCGGCUUUAGUGGAUUUGUGUUUUGGUAAUUUUUUUUAUUUGUGCGGCAAUAUGCAGGCAAUAUUGAAACCGUCGCGAAGAUUGUUAAAGAAUUAUUUAAUACCAAUAAAACAUAAUGUACAAUUGCAUAAACUUGAAAUUCCAGCUUUAUCACUUGCACCUGGUUAUCAACCACAAGAAGUGGAAAUUAACAACUUACCUGAUACGCCAUUAGAAGCAAAAUUAGUCACCCAAAGGAAAAUUAUAAAUCGAGGACCUUUUCGUAUGUUAUUGCCCCCACCAAAUGUAACUGGGGAUUUGCACUUGGGCCAUGCUCUAAUGGCUAUUGUUCAGGAUGUACUAUGUCGUUAUCAUCAUAAUUUAGGUUAUGAUGUUGAAUGGAUACCUGGCACGGAUCAUGCUGGUAUUGCAACACAAGUAGUAGUUGAAAAGCAAUUAUUUAAAAAACUUGGUAUUACGCGGCAUGACUUGGGAAGAGAAAAAUUUCUAGAACAUACUUGGCAGUGGAAAAACGAAAAAGGUCUGGGCAUAUUAGAUGAUUUAAAGAAAUUAGGUUGUAUGCUAACUUGGAAUAAGGAAUAUUUUACUAUGAAUGAGCAACAAAUAGAGGCUGUGCAAGUGGCGUUUAUAAAAUUGUUUGAAGAUGGUCUUAUUACACGGAAAAAUUCAUUAGUAAAUUGGUCUUGUGCUUUGGAGUCAGCAGUAUCAGAUAUGGAAGUGGAAACAAUUGAAUUAAAAGGUCCAACAGAUAUUUGUGUGCCAGGCUAUCAACAUAAAGUUCCCUUUGGGAAUAUAUAUGAAUUCAGUUAUCGCUUAUGCAACCAAAAAGAUGAAAUAAUUGUGUCAACUACUCGGCCAGAAACGAUGCUUGGCGAUGUUGCUGUUGCUGUACAUCCAGAUGAUCCACGCUAUAUAAAAUACCGCAAUAUAGACAAUGUAAGCCUAUGGCAUCCAUUUCGACAGGAACCAAUACCUCUAAUCUUUGAUAUAAAUGUCGAUCCUGAUUUUGGUAGUGGUGCAGUUAAAAUCACACCAGCACAUGAUCAAAAUGAUUUUCAAAUAGCUGAGAGUCAUUUGUUGAAGUCGAUACCAGUUUUUACCAGCAAAGGCACAGUGGUAGAAGGUUUUGAAGUAUUCAAAGGCAUACCCAGGUUUAAAGCACGUGAAAAAAUUCUAAAUAUUUUGAAAGAAAUGCAGUUAUUACGAACUGUAAAGCCACAUGCAAUGAACUUGCCUAUAUGCUCGCGUUCCAAAGAUAUUAUUGAGUACAUGCUGUGUCCACAGUGGUAUUUGCACUGUCAGCCAAUGGCAAACGAAGCUAUGUCUGAAAUACGUAGUGGACGUGUACAGAUAGUGCCAUCUAAUUUUGAAUUAGAUUGGUAUCAUUGGUUGGAGGAUUGUCAUGAUUGGUGUAUUUCAAGACAGUUAUGGUGGGGACAUCAAAUUCCCGCGUAUGAAGCAGUAGAUUCUGUUGGUAAAAGCUGUUGGGUGGCUGCAAAAAAUGAGGUAGAGGCUCGAGCAAAGGCACAGAAUAUAUUAAAUACAAGUGAUUUUAGCAUUAGAAGAGAUGAAGACGUAUUGGAUACUUGGUUCUCAUCAGCGCUUCUACCUUUCUCAAUACAUAAUUGGCCCGCUGUUGAAUAUAAACAGCAUUAUCCGUUGGAUUUAAUGGAAACUGGGCAUGAUAUAUUAUUCUUUUGGGUAGCACGAAUGGCUAUGCUUGGUUUAAAACUCACAGGUGAAAUGCCUUUUAAAAAAAUACUACUGCAUGGCAUUGUGUGUGAUGCACACGGCAGAAAGAUGUCGAAAAGUUUAGGAAAUAUUGUAACACCGCAACAAGUCAUACAGGGCGCAUCAUUGCAGUCUAUGACAAACAAACUGCAGAAGGCCGAGGCAGGUGGUACACUAACUACUGAAGAAUAUCAAAAGUCUGAAAAAGGUUUACAAAAAAUGUUCCCUAAUGGCAUAAAGGAAUGUGGCACAGAUGCGUUACGCUUCACACUUUGCAGCCAUAAUAUCAAAUCUCAUUUUAUUAACUUUGAUAUCGACGAAUGCUACACAAAUAAAUUGUUUUUGAAUAAGAUUUGGCAAGCCACACGAUUCACACUUAUUUCGGCUCAAAACUUAAAGUUUUCCUUAGAUGAUAUAUCCACUAUGCAUGCAAUACGCAUGAAUAAAUGGGACAAAUGGAUAUUAAGCCGUUUGGCUUAUACUUUAGAGAAAUGUGAUGAAGGAUUCAAAACUUAUAAUCUACACUAUGCAACGGCAGCACUUAAAACAUUUUUUUAUAACAAUUUAUGUGACGUUUUUCUCGAAACAACUAAAGAGGAUAUUAAAAAUAUUGAGAUGUCUGGUUAUAUGCAUUUGGCCACACUUACCGCUUGUCUCGUUUGGGGUCUACGCGCUAUGCAACCAUUUACGCCAUUCAUUGCUAAGGAACUCUUAUUACGCUUGCCCGAGAAUAUCUCCAUGAAUACAAAAGAAUUUCAGAAUACUGCUGUGGAGGCAGAAAUCUCAAAAAUUCUUGAAAUAUGCCAACAUGUUCGUCAGUUAAAGAGUCAAAAUCAAAUUUCUAAAAAACAUGCUCCUAAACUAUAUUUAUAUGCACAAAAUGAUGGGGCAAAAAAUAUGUUAAAUAAACAUCUUUCACAAAUAAAAGCACUGACUAUGGUAGAUACAGUUGAUUUGGAUGUGGUAACUGAUGCACUUGAAGCAAAUACAUUCAAUUUCUACUCCACUGGAGGACAUUUAUGCGUGUUUGGUCUUACAGUCAAUGAAACUUACCAAGCGCAGACAGACAAAUUAGAAUUCGGUAUGGAAAUAAAUAAACGUAAACUGGAAAAACUUCAAGCCGAACUACAACGUUAUCGUUUGCGGGUGAACAAUGAAGGAUUUAUGAAAUCUGCUAGCAAAAAAGUGCAAGAGAAAAGUCUUGAAAAGAUCAAACAAUUAGAAGUUGAAAUUCAGAAUAUACUAAACUUACGGAGAUGAAACUCUAAACAGUGUUAAUGUUGUGAAAAAAUCUUUUUAAUACCAUUUUACUAAUCCACUAAGAAAAUUUUAUACGUCAUCGUCAUAUCAUCUUACAUUUUUUCUUGACUAUUUAUUAAACAAAGAAAUUGCA